GACUGUCUUAGUUAGUGCAUUUUAGUGUCUGAUAGUAUUUAGUCGGUGAAAUGGCGCCGAAUCUCAUCGGAAACUCGGCUUUGCUGGCCAGUACAGCGGAACCUGUUCAAAUAAUUAGUCCCAUAACUUACCCCACUACAUAUCAGAGACCUGUAAAAAGGACAGUGCGCGCCAGUGGUCAACAUCAACAGUACAAACUUCAAAUUGUUUGGAGGAAUGUGAUGGUCUUCUUUUUCCUACAUCUAGGUGCCAUCUACGGAUUGUGGCUGGCGAUCACUCAAGCCAGCUGGAAGACCUGUUUAUACACGUAUAUCUACGCUGCGUUUGCCGGAAUGGGCAUAACAGCUGGCGCCCAUAGGCUUUGGGCGCACAGGACGUACGUCGCCAAAUUGCCCUUAAGAAUCCUGUUGAUGAUCAUGCAAACAACCGCCCUGCAAAACCACAUCUACGAGUGGACGAGAGAUCACAGAGUUCACCAUAAGUUCACAGAAACCGACGCUGACCCCCACAACGCCAAAAGAGGUUUCUUCUUUUCGCACGUUGGGUGGCUGAUGGUGAGGAAACACAAAGAUGUUUUUAUCAAGGGGAAAACAGUAGACCUCUCAGACUUAGAAGCUGACCCUGUCGUGAUGUUUCAAAAAAAGUACUAUCUUAUUUUGGCGCCAGUUUUCUGUUUCUUGAUUCCUUCCUUUUUCCCCUACUACUAUUGGGGAGAAAGCUGGUGGAACACCUUUUUCGUCGCUAGCAUCUUUAGAUACACCAUAUCGCUGAACUUUACUUGGUUGGUGAACAGCGCUGCACACAUCUUUGGCACCAAACCGUAUGACAAGAACAUCAAAGCUACCGAAAACACCUUCGUGGCAUGGGCUGCUUUCGGGGAGGGUUGGCACAAUUAUCACCACGUCUUCCCCUGGGACUAUAAAGCGGCGGAACUUGGCAACUACCGCCUAAAUUUCACCACAGCAUUCCUAGACUUGAUGUCAAAAAUAGGCUGGGCCUACGACUUGAAGACGGUGUCUCCCCACAUGGUGAAAAAACGUGUUGAGAGAACUGGUGAUGGUUCUUGGGUAGAACACAAGAGCAGGAAGGUUAAUCAUGAUGAUCCCAAUCACCAUGAUCAUGGUGAUAUGUUGUGGGGCUGGGGAGACAAAGAUAUGAAUGUGGAGGAAGUAAAGCAUAUUAAAUGUUAUAAUAAACUGAAAGAGACGUGAUAUGUACAGAUUUCUUUUAUAUUUGAAUAUUAAUACGUACCUACACACUUAACUUCAAGAUAUUUCAAGAUGCGGCUGAACAAUUUCUUGGCUGGUUGCCACGUAGUCAGUUUAGGCUUCAUCGUGUUUCAAGAUCGUUCUCUUCAGAGGAAAAUCUGGAACUGUGUCUUCUGAAGAAGAGAGCGAUCUGCCUCUCGAAACGUCAAGAAGCCUAAUACGAUAACGUGGCAACUAACUGGGAAAAUGUUCAGUCACUGAUAACUUCCA